AUGCAUGCUCUCUGGAGCGAUAUACAUCCUAACCAUAGCCAUUUUUCACAACAACAUCUGCGUGAUUAUGCCUCUCAUCUCCGGCGAACGCGAAAAUCACUGUUGAAUAACAGACGGCUAUCUCACCGUCUGUCUUUUCCAGCACAGCUACAUCAGGAGAGACGCCGUUCUUCCGAAGACGCCGACAAUGAUUUUGAAAGACGACAAGUAUGUGUCUCUAAAAAGACACACUACUCCAAAGACCAACUUGACACGGAAAACCACGAGCUAUCGACUCGGAUUCAGGAGGAUUCUACUCUACUCACCAUCAAUCAAGCUGUCUAUGAUGCUGCUUCCUCACUCUUACCUCCGGCAAGAAAUAAUACUUCUUCUCCUGAGGCUAAGAUGAAAGGUCGCAUUGGGCAGCUUUUACUAAAGAUUGAUGAUCGCCGGAAACAUGUCUCCCGCAUUCAGUGUGUGAUUCAGUACGUAAAUGCUCGUAAAGCGUUUACGCCUAAAGUCCGCCGUAUUGCGGCUGGACUUCGGUAUCAACAUGACACCUUGAAUAAGGAGAAUCUUUUUAACAUCAAAGAAGGUUCCAUUAACAGGUUGCGGGCUCUAGUGACUGCUACAAAGUCACUAGAGAAAAAGCUGAAGCGGCUGACCGAUAACUCUUUGUUUCGGUUAAGUCCUUCACGCUUCCUGACACCUAAGACAUCUGUUUCUGGCGAUUCCCCAUCUAUCGAGCAAGUAGAAGCUUUCUGGUCCGAGUUGUAUGGUGAUCAACCAAACGUGAAUCGUGAUACUCCAGCUCUCAACGACUUCGAGGCAUUUUGUCGCCACCAUCGAAACGACAAUGCUGAUAAAGAGAGCCCUGAAGUCAGCGUGGAAAAAGUUCGUUUGGCUAUGAAUAAUGGUAAGAACUGGGCUGCUCCGGGUCAGGAUGGCAUUAACCUAUUUUGGUGGAAGAAACUCACUUCUACCCAUAGCCAUCUGGCCCGGAUUUUUACAGCGUUUAUCAGAGGCAACGAACCUAUUCCGUGCUGGCUUGUAGAAGGGCGAACCGUGCUCAUCCCUAAGAAAGGUGACUUGUCUGACCCGAAGAACUACAGGCCUAUCACCUGUUUGAAUGCAGUUUAUAAGAUUUUCACAAAAAUCUUGAAUAAUCGCAUCCUACAGGAGAUAGAUCCUGUAUGGCAGCAGAUAUACGAACAACAUACAGCGUACGAUGCGACUUUGGCGAACACGGUUCCACAUAUCAUGUGGCAACGACAAACGUGUGACCGAAGUUGUACAGUAUAA